UAAUUUGAGUUUAUGUUCACUUUCUUUGCUAACAACACAAAAUCCAGAAUCCUGAAGUUCGGCCUUUGGCCGAGCAAACUCCUGAAGACCUCCAAAAGCUGCUUCCAGAAAUACCACUCUGGAUAAAAAAUCCAGAUUAUGAUCGGCUUGAUUGGCUAAACAAAUUCGUCGAGUAUAUGUGGCCUUACUUAGAUAAGGCAAUAUGCAAGAUGGCAAAGCAAAUAGCACAGCCCAUUGUAGCCGAACAAAUUCCGAAAUACAAGAUUGAUUCGGUAGAAUUUGAAGAACUUACUUUGGGAAGCCUGCCGCCUACUUUUCAAGGAAUGAAAGUAUACAACACUGAGGAGAAAGAAUUGAUAAUGGAAUUAGGAUUGAAGUGGGCAGGUAAUCCUAAUAUACUUGUUGCUGCCAAGGCCUUUGGAUUGAAAGCUACUGUACAGGUGCUUGAACUGCAAGUGUUUGCAUCUCCGCGUAUUACUCUAAAGCCUCUGGUCCCGAGCUUUCCCUGUUUUGUAAAUAUACAUGUUUCUCUCAUGGAAAAGCCUCAUGUUGAUUUUGGAGUGAAGCUGUUGGGGGCUGAUCUUAUGUCAAUUCCCGGUGCAUACAGAAUCGUACAGGAAAUUAUAAAGGAUCAGGUAGCAAACAUGUAUUUAUGGCCAAAAAGAUUAGAAGUCCAAAUAAUGGAUCCCACAAAGGCAAUGAAGAAACCAGUUGGGAUUCUAAAUGUGAUUGUUGUGAGGGCAAUGAAGCUUAAAAAAAAGGAUCUUUUAGGGGCAUCUGACCCUUAUGUGAAGCUAAAACUCUUGGACGAUGACAUGUCGACCAAAAAAACAACUGUCAAACAUAGCAAUUUGAAUCCCGAAUGGAAUGAAGAGUUCAGUUUUGUCGUUAAGGACCCGGAAACUCAAGUUUUGAGCUUUCAGGUCUAUGACUGGGAACAGGUCUGUUUUAUUUCU